AUGAACAUCAGCUCGCGCAUUGAACAGCUUCCGGUCGAGCAGCAGCCGGUGGAGAUCUUAAGAUGGGCCAACGCAACCUUCAAGCCGACGGCAUCAGGACCUUCAUGGGUUCAGUUCACGAGUUUCGGCCCGCAAGGCCUGGUGAUAACUGACAUGCUGCGAGAACUCGGGCUGCUCGAGCAUACACGCAUAGUAAGCGUUGACACUCAUUACUUGUUCCCAGAGACGUACGCGCUCAUUGAAGACGCGACCAAAUACUUCGGCCUUGAGGAGAAGUUGAGGAUUUACAGGAGCAAGGAAGGGAGCCGAGCAAUGUUCGAGAAAGCUUUCGGGGAGAAGCUGUGGAAAGUCGACCUCAAACUCUUCGAGUUCCUCACCAAAGUAGAGCCUACCAGGAGAGCCUUGGAGGACCUGGGCGUGAAGGCCUGGAUCACGGGGAGAAGGAAGUCGCAGGGUGGAGUGCGGAAGGACAUUCCGCUGGUGGAGGUCGAUGGAUCGGACGGGAGGGUAAAGAUUAACCCCCUGGCAAACUGGGACAUGGAGAGAGUCUGGAGCUACAUCAAGGGAAGGGGUUUGCCGUACAACUCACUGCACGACGAUGGGUUUCUGUCUAUCGGCGACAUCUUCACCACAGAGCGCACGGGGAAGGGAGAGAGUGAGAGGGAGGGCAGGUGGAAGCAGUUCAAGGGCAAGACGGAGUGCGGGAUGCACCUUGCCAAGGAUUCCGGAUCGUUCAGAGACCUCGAGCGGAGGUCGGACAGGGUCAGGAAAGGCUACCUGUGGGAUUUUGAUGCCUCGAAACGAGCCCUAGACCUUGGCAUCGCCCUGGUGAGUUGUGCUUGA